AUGGCUUCGUCUUCUCGUAACGAUUCGUCACAACAGGGCUCAUUCCUAAGCCCUGUUGUCAUGAAAAAUCCUUCUGGCAGAGAGCGCUCGCUCUCUGUUGCAUCUACAGCAGGAUCAUCUUCAUGGACUGGUGCGACGGCGGACCUUAUCCAAAGCCCAAUGUCUCCAAGAUCAUCCUUCCCGCCAGACAUAGCGUUGUAUUCGGAUCCAGAUCGCCUCACAGUUUCUCAUGCCUCGCAUCGACCCUUGAUGUCUAUUGACGGCUCCACGCUGCGUCCACAGUCUAUUUCGUUUGCGUCGACCGUGGACGCAUCCGUUCGCUCGGGGGCUGGCUCAGAUACUGGUUAUCAAGCUCAUAUGGAUCACGCAGUAUAUGAUGAUGCGCCAUUUCCCGAAGCAUUAAUGCCAGACGCUCGUGAUAAGGCCGAUUUCAACGUUGAUAAUAAUCGCUUUGCAUUUUCGCCGGGUCAUCUGAAUAAGAUGCAGAGCCCCAAGUCUCUCGCUGCCUUCCAUGCCCUAGGUGGCUUGCAAGGUCUGGUAUGGGGACUGCGGACGGACAUUAAUACUGGUCUGUCAGUUGACGAGAGUCGCCUGGACGGCACAAUCGAUUUUCAACAAGUGUCACCGCUAUAUAACAGGAAGUCUUCUAUCAGCAAAGCUUCCCUAGAAACCGAGUCCACACUCAUCUCGGCACCAGUAGCAACUGGCAAUGGCCUACUUUUUGAAGACCGCAUCCGUGUCUUCGGCCAAAAUCGGCUUCCCGCUCGAAAGUCCACUGGGUUCUUGAAGCUCUUUUGGAUUGCUUAUAAUGAUAAGAUUAUUAUUUUGCUGACUAUCGCCGCUAUUGUGUCUUUGUCCCUGGGAAUAUAUGAGAGUGUGGAUGGGGGCACGGGCGUUGAGUGGGUGGAAGGGGUGGCUAUUUGCGUGGCCAUUUUGAUCGUCACCAUCGUCACGGCUGCCAACGACUGGCAGAAGGAAAGACAAUUUGCGAAACUAAACAAGCGAAACGACGACCGCGAGGUAAAAGUGAUCCGCUCGGGCAAGUCUAUGAUGAUAUCUGUUUACGAUAUCAUGGUCGGCGACAUCCUGCAUCUAGAGUCUGGAGACUCCAUCCCUGCUGAUGGUAUCUUGGUAUCUGGCUAUGGCGUGAAAUGCGACGAGUCAUCUGCUACAGGCGAGUCAGAUCAGAUGAAAAAGACCAACGGACAGGACGCCUGGCUGCAGAUUAUUGAGGGUCGAGCGACAAAGAAGCUUGACCCUUUUCUGAUCUCCGGAAGCAAAGUUCUUGAAGGAGUGGGCACAUAUCUGGUUACUAGUGUCGGUCCAUAUUCCACGUAUGGUCGGAUUAUGAUGUCACUGCAGACGUCGAACGACCCCACUCCGCUCCAGGUGAAGCUAGGACGGCUUGCAAACUGGAUUGGAUAUCUUGGCUCAGCUGCUGCCAUUAUACUAUUCUUUGUCCUCUUGUUCCGAUUUAUAUCCGACCUUCCGAAUCACCCCAAUACGGGCCCUGCUGAGAAGGGCAAGGAAUUCGUAGAUAUUUUGAUUGUUGCCGUGACUGUUAUUGUUGUUGCCAUUCCAGAGGGCUUACCAUUGGCAGUGACGCUUGCCCUGGCUUUUGCCACAACCCGCAUGGUAAAAGAAAACAAUCUCGUUCGAGUUCUUCGUGCCUGUGAAACAAUGGGCAAUGCUACCGUGAUUUGCUCUGACAAAACAGGCACUUUGACCCAGAACAAGAUGACCGUGGUCGCUGGUACCUUGGGCUCCGAUCAAACGUUCGGCUUUGCGUCGGAGACUGAUAAUGAUAGGGGUACGCAGACCACGUCGGAGGUCUUUCAACGGUGCUCGCCCUUGGUGCGCAGUCUCAUCACUAAGAGCGUUGCAUUGAACUCGACUGCAUUCGAACAGGAACGAGAUGGCUGCAAGGAGUUUGUGGGGAGCAAGACUGAAGUCGCACUUCUGCAGCUUGCACAGGUCUAUCUGGGCAUGGAUCUUGCAUCAGUGCGAGGGUCUGCUGAAAUUAUUCAGCUUAUUCCGUUCGACGCCGCACGAAAGUGCAUGGGUGUUGUAUACUUUCAAUCUGAUGCAGGAUAUCGCCUCCUUGUCAAGGGGGCAGCCGAAAUUAUGGCUAAUUCCUGCAGUAUGAAAAUCACCGAUAUUGAUAUGUCUAAAGAGAAAGUUCAUGUAGAGUCACUGGAAAAGUCUGACAGACAAAAUAUCAUGAGGACCACCAAUCAAUACGCCCAAGGAUCUCUUCGGACAAUUGGAUUGGUGUACAGGGAUUUUGAUGUCUGGCCACCAAAGCAGGCUCAAAAAUUUGAUGACGAUCCGUCUGCCGCUAACUUCGAUGAUGUCUUCCGAGACAUGACUUGGAUUGGAGUUGUGGGAAUUCAGGACCCUCUUCGACCCGAGGUUUUGCCGGCGAUCCGCAAGUGUCAUUCUGCAGGAGUGCAGAUCAAAAUGGUGACGGGGGAUAAUGUUGCCACUGCCAUCGCUAUUGCAUCAUCCUGUGGAAUCAAGACUGAAAAUGGGCUGGUCAUGGAAGGUCCUCAGUUUCGGCAACUGACAGAUGAGGAGAUGGACCUUGUGAUUCCCCGCCUGCAGGUGUUGGCGCGUUCAUCUCCCGAGGACAAACGUAUAUUGGUGGCACGGCUCAAGGCUCUUGGCGAAACAGUCGCAGUCACAGGGGACGGCACGAAUGAUGGGCCUGCUCUGAGGACCGCGGAUGUGGGCUUCUCCAUGGGAAUAUCUGGCACUGAGGUUGCCAAGGAAGCUAGCUCCAUCAUCCUUUUGGAUGACAACUUCAAGUCCAUCAUUACGGCCAUUGCUUGGGGACGAGCGGUCAAUGACGCUGUUGCCAAGUUUUUGCAGUUCCAGAUCACGGUCAACAUCACGGCCGUUAUCUUGACCUUUGUUUCGUCUGUGUCCAAUAGCUCUAAUAGCAGUGUCCUGAACGCUGUGCAGCUGCUUUGGGUAAACCUGAUCAUGGAUACUUUUGCGGCCUUGGCCUUAGCCACCGACGCUCCCACAGAGAAAAUCUUGAAUCGCAAACCUGUGCCUAAAAGUGCUUCACUGUUUACUUUGACCAUGUGGAAGAUGAUUCUUGGACAGACAGUUUACAAACUGGCUGUUAUCUUCAUCCUCUACUUCGCCGGAGACAAACUUCUCGGCGCGCACCUCGAUAAUUCAGAUCUUGAUCAUCGAUCAAAGCAAUUAGCUACAGUCGUCUUUAACACAUUCGUAUGGAUGCAGAUCUUCAACAUGUUCAACAAUCGUCGCCUCGAUAACAAAUUCAAUAUCUUCGAAGGCAUGUUCCGAAACUACUGGUUUCUGGGCAUAACCGCCAUCAUAAUUGGUGGCCAAGUCAUGAUCAUAUGCGUUGGCGGCGCGGCCUUCGGCGUGACCCGAAUCAGUGGCAUUCUCUGGGCCAUUUGCCUUAUAUGUGCCCUUGGGUGUCUUCCAUGGGCCGUCAUUCUGCAUAUCAUUCCAGAUCGUCAUUUCGGAGUUCUAUUUAACGCAGUAGUUGACGGGAUGACGCUUAUAUUGCGGCCGUUCCUGAAGGGAACUAACGCCCUUCUUCGCAGCACGAAAAUAUUUCUGUUGCCUUUGAAACGAUUUACCCAUCGGGUCUUCUCUCGGCACAAAACAGAAAAUGAUGAUUCAACGACUCACGAGCUAUCUAGUGUGUCAAUUGCCGAUGAAGAAACACCUACUCUACCUGAGCCCACUCAAGAGGAAAACACUGAGCGGCCACAGACACCACCGGGGUUAGCGGUGCCCCCGAUUACUUUUACGGUUUCACCUUGA